AUGCAUAUACAUAUUCUCGGUAUGGGCCCAGUGGGCUGUCUUCUGGCCCACCAUAUCCGCCAAAUUCUUCCACGCUCGCAUAUUAUAAGCCUAAUUCACAAAACCCAUGCUCAUCGCUUGGAAUACAUGAAAAGGGGAUCAUUAGAAGUGGAGCGGAUGGGUGUUGUCUCUCGUACAAAUAAAUUUCUUCACGAAGACUUCAUGGAAAGCCCUAAUCUACCGCCUCAUCCUGCUGCUUCCCAAUAUCUCAGCCCUCUUUUGCGCACUCCGAUAGAAUCUCUUUUCGUCGCGAUCAAAGCUCAACAUACAGUCAGUGCCAUUCAGGCACUUGUACCUAGACUGUCUCCCAGUUCGACCAUUGUCUUAAUGCAAAACGGAAUGGGAAUCUAUGAACGCUUGGUGCAUGAGGUAUUCCGCAAUCCUGCCCAACGUCCGCAUUUUAUUUUGGCUUCAAACACCCACGGCGCAUUCAUGACUGAUCCAUAUCAUGUUAUUCAUGCUGGUGUAGGAUCUAUCGAGUUUGGUAUCCCUCCAGCUCGAGGGAGAAACUAUGAAGCAGGCCUCCAGGAUACAGAACUUCCCAAAGAAGAACGUAGGCUGCGGCUUUCCGACAUCACUCGACCUACUGAUCCGGACUUUGAGCAAUACAAAUCCUUACGAGAAGCUGUUGCUGUCUUGCUUCUCACUAAAUCACUGAACGUUUCAUGGAGGCCUUUCUCUGAAUUGGAUCUAGCCAUGAAGAGAAAGGUGGUUGUGAAUGCGGUUCUUAACCCUCUGACAUCAAUAAUGGGGUGCAAGAAUGGUGAUCUUUUUGCCCAUAAACCAGCUAUUGAUCUUCUUGAACAAGUAUGCAAUGAGGCAUCGUCAGUUUUCUUGGCUCAACACACGUUGGAGAGUGGUCAGCAAAUGCAGGCAGAGGGUAUAAACUUCACGGAACAUGAUAUUCCUCCACUAUCAAAGUCCUUAUCUAGCGAAUCUUUGAAGAACGACGUAUUGCAAGUGGCAGCCCUUACCCGAGGCAACAUUUCAUCUAUGUUACAAGAUAUUCGACGUGGGAGAGAGACCGAAAUCGAAUAUAUCAACGGUUAUUUGGAAUCUUUGGGUCGACAAUUGGAUGUAGAAACACCAACAAUUUCGUUGCUUCGAAAACUUGUUGAGCUGAAGCUCGUGUUACCAGAGGAAUCAACAAUAUAA